UCGUCCAGGGGAAGUAACUGGGCCUGGAAACAAGAAACCAAAACAUUAUUAGCCUCUAUUUGUAGUUGUAGCCUUGCCCGGUCUCUGGCCUAGCCUAUCAAGCUAACGCGUCGUAUUUAAAUAAGGUUAAAGUAUCAAGUAUCAUCGUUUUCGUCUCUUCGACCUUGCUUAUGUCAAGGUCUUGGUUUAAAAAUCUAAGCAAGAAACUUAUGCCGAGACUAGGCUAAUCUCUUUUUUCUUUCCGUUUACGCAUCUAAUGUUCUUCUAGAGUAAAAAAAUAGGAUCAACAAUGAGCCAGCCUGUUGACCGUCUCUCUCUCUCUCUCUCUUCUCAGUCUUUUUGUUCUUUUCGCAGGCGUGUGUUGUAAAUCAAAUUUGAACGUUGCUUUUAGAUCUAGAAAUAUAUAAGAUAAGAAGUAGAUCUAGUAGAAGUAGUAACUUAUUUAAAAGCUCGAAUCACUUAGAAUCUGCUCCAGUUUUUCUGUAAUUGGUGGAACAAGAAAGGUCUGGUGAGGACGUUGUUCUGUUUGCACAGCAAAGGACGCAAGAUGAACGGGGAACAGCAGGAAAGCCCAGUCGUGUUCAUACAACGUAUCGAGUCUUUCAGCGCCUGUCAUAGACUGCACAGCCCAUACCUGUCAGAUGAAGAGAACAAGGCCCUGUUUGGCAAAUGUAACAGUCCUAAUGGGCAUGGUCAUAAUUACAAAGUUGAAGUUACACUAAAGGGACCGAUAGACCCCGCAACUGGAAUGGUCAUCAAUAUCACGGAGCUGAAAAAGUAUAUUGAG